CCCAUAGAAACGCUUUUCUGCGGUCCAGUCUUGCCCCGGUCUUGGGUUUGGAGGCUAUGGGCACCGCGGCCCGGUGGCUAGGGCUUCUGCCGUCGCCGCCGUCCGUGCCAGCGGCCUUUGUCCGGGGUGCCGUGUAAGGUCCGGCUGUCCGGACUCGAGCGUGGGCUGGAAUGGACUGGCUGCAGGACCUCUGCAGUCGACAGGAGUAUGAGGCGGAGUGAUGCACGCCCCGGCGCCCCUCACUGUGGUCGCGAUACAAGACGUCGCUUCGGACCGGGCGCUGCCUGGAGCUGCGUCCCCGAGUGGACGGCCCCUUUCCCGGGCUUGGAACCGCACCGCGAGCUCAGCAGGAGGUCCCCAAGGACGGAGUCGAAAGGUCAAAUCUUACUUGUCCGUGCUGAGUGACAGCAUCGCGACCGGACCUGCAGAAUCUGAACUCGAUCCGUAAUGCCUCCUGCUUGCCUCUUUCACGAUGGAGGGGAAACUUGUGGGAGAGGCUACUCAAGUGGUGUCUAAAGUCAAACUUUCCACCAAAGUAGAAAGCUCAGGACAUUGGCUGGUGGAAGAUCAUGCUCGAAUAUGGGAAGUUUUAAAGACAGAGGAGAGCUCGAUUCAGGACUGGGGUGAAGAGGUAGAGGAAGGAGCUGUUUACCAUGUCACCCUCAAAAGAGUCCAGAUUCAACAGGCGGCCAAUAAAGGAGCGAGAUGGCUAGGGGUUGAAGGGGACCAGCUGCCUCCAGGACACACAGUCAGUCAGUAUGAGACCUGUAAGAUCAGGACCAUCAAAGCUGGUACCUUGGAGAAGCUUGUGGAGAACCUGCUGACGGCUUUUGGGGACAAUGACUUUACCUAUAUCAGCAUCUUCCUGUCGACCUACAGGGGCUUUGCCUCCACUAAAGAAGUGCUGGAACUGCUGCUGGACAGGUAUGGAAACCUGACAGACCCAAACUGUGAAGAAGAUGGAAGUCCAAGUUCGUCAGAGUCCAAGGCCGUGAUCAGGAAUGCUAUUGCUUCCAUCCUGAGGGCCUGGCUUGACCAGUGUGCAGAAGACUUCCGGGAGCCCCCUCACUUCCCUUGCCUGCAGAAGCUGCUUGACUAUCUCAAAGGGAUGAUGCCUGGCUCCGACCCAGAGAGAAGGGCACAAAACCUUCUGGAGCAGUUCCAGAAACAGGAAGUGGAUACCGACAAUGGGCAUCUCAACACCAUCUCCUUCAGCCUGGAAGAGGAAGAGGAACUGGAGAGUGGAGGGUCAGCAGAAUUCACAUGCUUCUCAGAAGAUCUGGUGGCAGAGCAGCUGACCUACAUGGAUGCACAACUAUUCAAGAAAGUAGUGCCUCACCACUGCCUCGGCUGCAUUUGGUCUCAGAGGGAUAAGAAGGAAAACAAACAUUUGGCUCCUACGAUCCGUGCCACCAUCUCUCAGUUUAAUACCCUCACCAAAUGUGUUGUCAGCACCAUCCUGUGGGGCAAGGAACUCAAAACUCAGCAUAGAGCCAAAAUCAUCGAGAAGUGGAUUAACAUUGCUCAUGAAUGUAGAAUCCUGAAGAACUUUUCUUCCUUGAGGGCCAUUGUUUCCGCACUGCAGUCUAAUUCCAUCUAUCGGUUGAAAAAGGCUUGGGCUGCCGUCCCAAAGGACAGAAUGCUGAUGUUUGAAGAACUUUCAGAUAUCUUCUCUGACCAUAAUAACCAUCUGACCAGCCGGGAGCUGCUGAUGAAGGAAGGCACUUCAAAAUUUGCAAACCUGGACAGCAGUGUAAAAGAAAACCAGAAGCGAACUCAGAGGCGACUGCAGCUCCAGAAGGACAUGGGUGUGAUGCAGGGAACUGUUCCCUACCUGGGCACCUUCCUGACUGACCUGACCAUGCUGGACACUGCUCUUCAGGAUUACAUUGAGGGUGGACUGAUAAACUUUGAGAAAAGGAGAAGGGAAUUUGAAGUGAUCGCCCAGAUAAAGCUCUUACAAUCUGCUUGCAACAGCUAUUGCAUGACUCCAGACCAGAAGUUCAUCCAGUGGUUCCAAAGGCAGCAGCUUCUAACAGAGGAGGAGAGCUAUGCCCUCUCGUGUGAGAUUGAAGCAGCUGCUGAUGCCAGCACCACCUCCCCCAAGCCUCGGAAGAGCAUGGUGAAGAGGCUCAGCCUACUGUUUCUGGGGUCUGACAUCAUCACUGGUAGUACUCCCACCAAAGACCAGCCCAAGUCCACAGCCAGUGGGAGCUCUGGUGAAAGCAUGGACUCAGUCAGUGUGUCAUCCUGUGAGUCCAACCACUCUGAGGCUGAGGAGGGCUCCAUUACACCCAUGGACACACCUGAUGAGCCUCAAAAGAAGCUCUCGGAGUCCUCCUCAUCAUGUUCCUCCAUCCAUUCCAUGGACACAAAUUCCUCAGGGAUGUCGUCCUUAAUCAACCCAUUCUCUUCCCCUCCAUCCUGCAACAACAACCCUAAAAUCCACAAGCGGUCCGUCUCUGUGACAUCCAUUACCUCCUCCACAGUACUGCCUCCAGUUUACAACCAGCAGAAUGAAGAUACGUGCAUCAUCCGCAUCAGCAUAGAAGACAACAAUGGCAACAUGUACAAGAGCAUCAUGUUGACAAGCCAAGAUAAGACCCCCGCUGUGAUCCAGAGAGCAAUGCUGAAGCACAAUCUCGACUCAGACCCAGCUGAGGAGUACGAGCUGGUGCAGGUCAUCUCGGAGGACAAAGAACUGGUGAUCCCAGAUUCAGCAAAUGUCUUUUAUGCCAUGAACAGCCAAGUGAAUUUUGACUUCAUUUUACGAAAAAAGAACUCAGUGGAAGAGCAGGUGAAGCUGCGGAGUCGGACCAGCUUGACAUUGCCCAGGACAGCUAAGCGAGGAUGUUGGAGUAACAGACACAGCAAGAUCACCCUCUGAAGGGAUUGAUAGACCCCUGUUUGCCAAAGGCAGAGUGGGUCUGAGAACAGGCUGUGGUAACUGCAACUACCACCCAGUGUUAGGGGAUCACUGGUGAAGCCAACAGAUAUUUAUUGGAUACAAAUGAUGUACAAAGCACUGUGUGGGGAGAGUGGACGUCAACUUGACAUGAAAAGGAUGAAUGACUCACUGAUGCUCUUUGACUUAUUUGAGACUGAAAUACAAAAGUGUCCACAUUGAUAAAUAUAUAUGCACACAUAUCUCGUGUAUAUAUAUAUAUAUAUGUGUGUGUGUGUGUGUGUGUGUGUGUGUGUGUGUGUGUGUGUGUGUGUAUAGGUAUAUAAGAGGGACUUUAUGGGAUAUUCUGGACUAUGGAAAAACCAAUUUGCACAAUGGCCUGGGAAACUGAGGUCACUUUUUACAGGGAAAUAGAAGGGACUGAGAACCUAAUCUCAUACCUUCCAAGUAAAUAGAAUCAGACCUACCAGUGCAGAGUAUUCCUCAUGCCAGUAUUACAAGAAGUCCAAGCUUUGUUUUUGUAAAGGGAGAGGAUUUCUUUCUCAGUCACUUGCUACCAGGUGGAACAACUGCAGAGGUUGGAGUGGCCACAGGCUGUAUGAAAGGCCGCCAUGGAAAGGUUUGGAUGAGUCAGUGGUCUACACCCCUGCCCGCAAAUGCCACUUUUUGGUCCCCAGAGAAGGAUCUGGAGGAGUGUCAGAGGCCUGUGUGCCUUGCUGGUCACCAUCACAAUGCCUCUGGAGUCAACACAAACUUGUUUGUUUCUGGAAACCCUGUUGUGUUUCUGUGUUCUCCUAAAGAACAUAUCAUAUUCAUUAUUGCACAAGUAGCCAUGGUCUUCGGUGACUUAUCAGCCAGAAGAGAAGGCGCAAAGCAAUGGUGACAUGUUUGGACUCUUUCUGUUGUGGGAUGCCACUGCUCAUCGCCUUUCUGAUUGCUUUUUGCAUGUAAAACUGUGUGUCUAGAGUCUUCUGCCAUCUGGAUCUUAGUACCUCUAUAUUAUGUGCAAUUUGUUCCUCAGGUGUAGGCAUUUCUACUGCGAUUGACUACAUUUGAUCAUUUCAAGCUUGUGAAAGAUUUCUGAGCAGAGAUUUCCCUGUUAAUAGCCCCUCAGAAAAUGUCCCCUGCUGAUAACAGCAUCUAUUUUACUUAUUAACUUUUGUAGCAUUCCUGUGCCUAGUCACAGGGAAAGAAACGGGACUGCAUACAGUAUCUCAGCCCUUUCUCAAGAGGUACAUCCUUCUAGAUGGAAUCAAUGGCAUUCUUUUUCACAUCCCCACACCUGCUCUCCUAGCAUCACAGUUUUGCCUGUAGUAACACCAUCAUACACUCCGUUCCAAAUCUGAGCUAUGCUGGUGUUUAAACUAAAAAGCCAUAUGUGAAAAGUUGACAUGUGUAAGAAGCACUUUCAGAUCAUUGUCCUUUUUUAAGAAAAAAAUUUUCCCCAAAUACCAGUUUUUAUUCCAAAAAUAAAGAGAAUGAACCUAGAAUAUGAAGUCUAGAUUGUAACUUGGAGCAUUCCCCCCCCCCAACCCUGUACUAUAGUUUCCAAACGUUGUGUGGGAUUUAUGUCAUGUAAAUAGCCAUAUGAAUUCAGCAAAAAACACCGGGAAAAGUUCAGAGCUCUGUGGCAGUGGACCAAAGAAUGAGCCAGGAACUCUUCAGAGUUCCUUGGUUUUCCUAGGAGACUGGACUGUGUACUAUGAAGACCAGCAAAGUAUCAACUAGUCAAAAAGCACUUUCUUCUGUUAGUGAGCCUUGUUUGGUUUGUGCUUCUGUGAGUUGAGGAGAGAUGACCAGAGUUGCAGCCAUCGUGAAAGUUAAGUAAAUGUAGCCUCAGCCUGACUUUCUUGGUGUCAAGGUCAAGACGUAAAUGCAGAACUAUUGGCCUAGUUUAGGGUGUUGCUACCAAGACAUCCAUGUUAUACCCAUGUUCUCACCCUGUGUAUUUAUACUGUACAUGUACAGCAUAGAUUUGUAUACUGCAAUGUAAAAAAAUAUAUAUAUUUACCUUUUUAAAAAGACAAUGGAAUUCCAAGGAGAUAAAACACGGCCUCAUUUAUUUAAUGCCACUUCAGUUGUCCUAAAUUGCUUCCUGGUGAACAGCUGGGCACUGUUUUCAGCUGCUCGCAUGCUUGUCUUUCUGCAUCUCCAGCAUCUGUUUACCUUUUGGUUAAACUAAUAAACUGAUUUGGGACUUGGUUGGCAUGUGCUGCCAGACCCAAAGGG